UAUGUGCUAGAGCGACCAAUGGGAGGAGGGCAGUGAAUUUAAAAAGGAGCCGCGGUCUCCGUCCAACUGUUUAUACCAUAACAACUGUGGACCGAGAGCUACCAACUGACAGAGAUACAAUGGCCAACAUAGACUUUGCAGAGAGAGAAAAUGCGUGUCUUCAUCCAUCUAAUCUGAAGAUGCGACAGCGGCUUCAGUCUGCUCCAGAGAAACUCUUGAAGUCUCCAAUGAUUGCGAAGACCUUGACUACUCCCCUUCCAUCUGGUCGUAAGGCUUUUGCUGCUGUCAACAAAAAAAUGUCAACCCCUGCUGUGAACGCACAAGAGAAGAAACUCCUAAAGCCACAGGAAAUUAAAGUCAAACAUGCUCCGACCAAAGUGGAGGAAUAUCCAGAAAUUGAAAAGUUCAUCCCUUAUGACCCACUAGAGUUUGAGAAGUACAGCGUACCUGAAGAUUUGAUUCAGCUCAGUGGCUUUGCUCUGCCUGGACUGGCCUGUUUGCCACAAGCUCCACAUCUGUUUGAGGAAGACCUGGAGAAGCUUGCUCCACUCUCAAACCUGUCCCCUGUAAAGAUGCCAAAACAUUCAGAUUAUUGUUCAGAGCUGGAUUCCUUUCUUCAAACACUCGAUGAGCUGACCAUUGAACUUCCUCCAGAAUCUGUUACUGACUGAAUGUUAAUGCUUGUUGUUGUAACUACAUUUUUAUUGAAAUAAAGUUGUUCUUAUUUUUAUCUG